AUGAAAAUUUCGUAUACAUUUUUUAUUUAUACUAUUUUUUUUUGUUUACAUAACUAUGUUUUAUGUUCUAAUUUUUGUGAAUAUGGAGAAUAUUUUAGGAAUAAUAAUUGUUUUCCUUGUGAAAAAAAUACAUAUUCGAGUUAUAAAAAUUCUGAAACAUGUUUUAAUUGUCCUCCUUCUAGUAUAAAUAGCAAGACUUCUUCAAAAUAUAUUUAUGAUUGCUUUUGUGAUAGCAAUUACUAUUUAAAUUACAUAGGUAAUAGUUGUGAUAGUUGUUUUGAUUUAUAUAAUAGUUUCUAUUGUGAAAAGAAUUUAAAUGAAUUAUAUGUAGACGAUAUAGAAGCAUUUUUAAAAAAAAAAAAAGAAUUUCUUUUUAAAAAUAUUGAUAGAUGCUUAACAAAACAAGAUAAAAAAAACAUUUAUCCUUUUAUGAAUAAUAUUUAUAUUUAUUGUAAAUCCCCAGGUGUGUGCUUGGAUACUUGUGGGAAAUGUUCAGAAUACAAUGAUGGAUUUUUAUGUAAUAAUUGCAUAGAAAAUUAUUUUAAAAAUAUAUAUUUAAAAUAUUCUAAAUGCAAGAAAUGUUAUCAUAUAUUAGUUAUUUUAUUUAUUAUUAUUAUCUAUUGUUUCAUAUUAUUUGUAUUUUUUAUCAUAUUAUUUAAAUGUAUAAAUAUUAGUCUUUACUUUUUUCAUUUCAAUAUAUAUGAAAAAGAAACAUUAUAUUUUUUACAUUACUUUCGUGAAUUUACCUUUUAUUUAUCUCUUAUUUUUAUCAUAAGCUUAUCAAAUGAUCUAACAGAAAAUGAAAGAGAGCAUUAUACUUUAUAUGAAAAAAAAAAUGAUAAAGAAUUAUAUAAUGGCAAUAUAAAAAUUCAUUAUCUUUUUAAUAUAUAUAUGCAUAAUUUGUUUUUUGAUAUAAUUAAAAUUAUCCAUUUAAAUUUCAUAAACUUCUUCAAAAUAGACUGUUUCUACUAUAAUAAAACAAAUUCUAAAAUAAAUACAAUACAAAUGUUUAUUUUUGUUUGCAUUAUUUUUAUCUUUAUUUGCUUUACCUUAUUUUGUAAUUUCACUUUUUUAUACUUAAAAAAAAAAACUGACUUAUUAAAGAAGUUUAGAAAAAAUGAAGGCGAUUUACUAAAUGAAGAUAAUUUAUUAAAUAAUUAUAACAAAAACAUAAAGAAUGAAAAGCUACAAAAAAUUAAACAUUUCUUUUUAUAUCCAAUACUUCUACCUAAUUAUGUUUUUUAUAAUUAUGUAAAUGUAAAAAAUUUUUAUUAUGAUGAUGCGGUAAACUUUUUAAAAACAUCUUUUCAAAUAUUUUAUUAUCAAUUUAUAUUUUUAACUUUAUAUAUGUGCAAUUCAAUUAUUAUUUUUAUCUUUAUGUCUUCCUAUAUUUGUAUAGGUUUAUUUAAUUACUAUACAUCUUAUUAUGAUACUACUACAGUAUGUUAUAACAAAUUUCACUUUAAAAUAACUAAAUUCAUGAUUCUACCUAUUCUUUCAUGUUUGUGUUUUUUGUUUUACAUAAUUCUUUUUAUUUACAUUUUUAUAAUUACAUACGAUUUUAGAGAUUAUUAUAAAUAUAAAUACAUGUAUGGAUUUUAUACAUUUUUAUAUAAUAAAAGUAAAUGCUAUUAUUUUAUUCUUAAAAUACUAUUUAUUAAUAUUUUAUUUUUAUUUAUAAUUCAAUUACCUGAUCAUUUAAGUUGCCUUGUUUAUAUAUCUUUCUUAUUUCUAUUUUUUAUUUCUAUAUCUCUAUUUAUUAAUCCUUUUAUUAAAAUAAAGAAUUAUAACUUGAAAAUAGAAAGCUUUUUUAUUAUGUUUUUAUUUUUUUUUAAUUUACAGUUAGAACAAAUUAGAAUAAUAACAUAUAAUAUAACUUUAAGAAUAUCUCUUUCUUUUAUUACAUUAUUUAUAUAUGCAUUCAUUUUAGUUUAUUACUUAUUUUUUAUGAUAAAAGAUGUAUAUUUAUAUUUUAGUCUUUAUUUAAAAUAUAUAAAAAUGAAAAAUUGUCCCAAUACAAAAAACAGAGAAAGUAUAAAUUAUUCAUCUACCGAUAAUUUCUUUUUUUAUUAUUAUUUAAAAAAUAAAAUGAAUAUAAAUUUAUAUUAUUUUGAUAAUAGUAAAAACAAAUUGGCUCAUGAAAAAGAUGAUGAAGUUUUUUUAGAAAGUUGUGAUGCUACUACUAUUACAUAUAAAGAAGAUUAUAGUGAGCCUUAUAAAACUUUAUCAAAAAAGGAUGAAGAUUAUAUUUAUGAUCAUUGUGUACUAAUAUCUCCUUUUAUUCCAGAAACAAUAAUUCAACUAUUAUUCAUAACAAAAAAUAUAAAUCAUAUAAUUCGUUUAAAAACAAAAAAUCAACAUAUGAAAAUAUAUAACUUUUUAUUUGAAAAUGGUUAUAUAGAAAUUCAAAAGACAUCUGUUGAUAGAUUUAUUACUAGGUCUCAAUAUAUUUACAAAAAGAUGUUCAAAGGAAAUAAUCAAAAGUUUAUAAAAGAGAUGAUAAGUAUAUUUUCAAGCAUAGUUAAAGAUCUUAAAUGUUUUAAAGAUGUAUAUGUAAGAGAAUGUAUUGCUAAAAGAAUUAAAUCUAAAUAUAAAAUAAAUGAAAUUGAUAAAAACAAAAUAAAAUAUGAUGAAAAUUAUGAACAAAAAAAUAUUAACACUUUUUUUUAUAAAUUAAGAGAUUUAAAUAAAAAUAUGGAUGGCAAAAAUCAUAUAUUUUUUCGAUUAUUCCCAAGUUUAGUUGUUCUUAAAGAUGUAUACAAAAAAAAUAAGAAAAAAUUGCACAAUUUAAAUAAUUGA